AAGAAUCAACCUGCAACUACAUAGUGAUAUAUCAAUCAAAAUCAAUCAAAAAUCAAUUCAUAACCAUCAAAAUAAUUAUUUGAUUCCAUCAUGACAGGUCCGUCGCAAGAUAAAGAUAGUUCUGUAGGAACUCCAGUACCUAAGCAGAAGAGUAAGGCGACAAUUGAUACAUUGGGGGUAGGAUGUAUAGCAAUGGUACAGAAGGAUGGUGCGCUUAGAAGAGCAGAAAUUCUAAGUAUAAAAGAGACGAAAAGUGGUCGUCAAUUUUAUUGCAAUUUCGAUAAUUUCAACAAACGUCUAGAUGAAUGGGUUCCAGCUAUCAGGAUUGACUUUACUCAAGAUGUUGAAUGGCCAGCUCCAGAAAAACCGAAGGAAAAGGCAAAAGCUCCUCCAGCUGGGAAAAAGACAAUCGUUGCCAACAAGAAGAAUCAAAAACGACCAACUCAAGCAAGCAAAAGAGAAGAUUCUGUAGUUUCGGAAUCUGGUUCAAAUGCUCCUCCAUGGUCUGAAUUUGCGGAGUCUCAAAGACAGACUCCAGAUGCUGAUGGAGAUGCAAAACUUACCAUGGCAUUAGAUCUUGAUGCUACUCCUGAAGCCAAUGAUCCCAUGGAUGUCGAUGAAGCUGCAACUGAAGCUGCAAAUGCAAAGAAUGAACCUGCUCAACAUUUCAGUCCAAAGGAAGAAAUCGAAAAAUUAAGAACUAGUGGCUCAAUGACUCAAAACCAAGCCGAAAUAUCACGUAUUCGAAAUAUUUCCAAAGUUCAAUUCGGUAAAUUCGAGCUUUACCCCUGGUAUUUCUCUCCUUACCCGGAAGCAUUCACUCAAGAGGAUCUCAUGUACAUUUGUGAAUUUUGUUUAUCUUACUAUGGAGACCUCAAAGCUUUCACUCGUCAUCGAGGCAAGUGUACAUUACAACAUCCUCCUGGAAAUGAAAUUUAUCGGGAUGACUACGUCUCUUUCUUCGAAAUCGAUGGUCGACGUCAACGAACUUGGUGUCGAAACUUAUGUCUCAUAUCCAAGAUGUUUCUGGAUCACAAGACUCUUUACUACGACGUGGAUCCUUUCUUGUUUUAUGUCAUGUGUUCUCGAGACGAAAAGGGGUUUCAUUUGGUGGGAUAUUUCUCAAAAGAGAAAGAAAGUGCGGAUGGUUAUAAUGUAGCUUGUAUUCUGACACUUCCGCAAUAUCAACGUAAAGGUUAUGGACGACUUCUGAUCAAUUUCUCCUAUGAGCUCUCGAAAAUCGAAGGAAAGCUCGGCUCGCCCGAAAAACCCCUAUCUGAUCUUGGUCUCCUCUCAUAUCGACAAUAUUGGACCGAGCGAAUUGUUGAAGAGCUUUUGAUUCACAAUGAAAGGGACGAGAGAAUUAGUAUAGAAGGUUUAUCGCAAAAGCUCAAUAUGACGAGUGCUGAUGUAGAACAUACACUACAGGCGCUGAAGAUGCAGGUUUACCACAAGGGAGAACACAAGAUGGUUUUGCCGACGGCGUUGAUCAAGAGGCAUGAGGCGAUGAGGGAAAAGCAGAAGUUGAAGCCGAAAAGGGUGAUUGAUCCUUCAAGGAUUGUUUGGAAACCGUUCAAGUUGGUGGAUAGAACGUGGGGGUGGUAG